AUGACUGAUUUAGAAGAAAACCUCUUUUAAAAAUCUGAAGUUAUUAAAACCUAAUUUUAAGCUCUUUAGGAGGUAUUAAGAUCUAGUAAUAAUCAAGAAAGUAUAGAACUUUGUUGAAGAAAUAAAAACAUUAAAUGACUAGUAAUAAUCUUUAUAGAUUGCUACUUUGUAUUAUUGUUUAUUUACUUAGAUAAUAUAAUGAUAUACAAAUUUCAAAGAAACAAUUCAAAAUAAAGGCCGAAAAAACAAAAGAAUUAAUAGCCUAAAUGGAAAAAAUAGCAAGAGGAAAUGAAUAAAAAAAUGUUGCCAAUAAAAUUAAAUAAUAAUAUUUGAAAGAAGUUGAUAGAUAAAAAAGAAUUAUGAAGAGCUUUGUUAAUUCUUCAUUUGAACAAAAAUUCUCAAAAAUUUCAGUGAUUAGAUAAUCAAAGGCUCAAGGUUAAGAAACUCAAUAAGAAUAAUUGAAAUAUUUUGUUGAUUAAAAUUAUGUGAAAUUAGUUUCUAAAGAUUAGAGAGUAUCUAACAAUGAAAGAAGCAAUUUAUCUUAAGUACAUGCUGAAGAAAUCAAUAGAAUAAAAACAGUUUCAAUCGAUGAAGAUUAUAUUGAAAAUGAUAUUAUUGACUUAGAAAAUAUGUUAAUUGAUGAAAGAUAAAGAGAAUUAGAUUUAAUAGAAAAAGAAGCAUUUUAAUUAAAUUAAAUUGUAAAUUAAAUGGAUGAAAUGACAGAUUAAUAAGGUUAAGAAUUAGAUAUUGGAUAAUAAAAUUUAAAUUAAGUUAAAACUAAUAUUAUUGGAGUAUCUAAUGAAUUAGUUGAAGCUGAUUAAAGUUAAAAAUAAUCAAUGAAAAAGUAUAAAUAUGUAAUAGGUGGUCUUAUUGUUGUAAUUAUAGUAUUGAUUAUUGUAUUUAUUGUAAAAUGA